AAAAUAAUCGGUUCGCAUUGCUUAGGUUAUUUGCUCAAAUGAAUUGUAUUUUGGCACUCCAUUUUCCGAACUCUGCAAUUUAAUCUGGAGUCCAACACCGAAAACUUGUACAAUGAGCUUCGAUAGCUGGAUGAAAGAAGGCCAAAAUCUGGAACAAAAAGAUUGUGCCAAUAAAUCACCGGCAGUGACUGAAAAAUGGAUAGAUAAAAGUUACGAAGCUUUUUGCAAGGCAGCUUUAGCAGCUGUGUUUCGAUGGCAGAAGGAGAAAGCUCUAUCGUGCAUACAAAGGUCGCUGGAAAGGAAAUUGAUUUUCUGUAAGAAGAAUCCAGCAAGGUGCAACGACAUAACUGGUCUUAAACUGAACGAUAUUACCAAAAUAUUCCACUGGAUGAGCUAUUUGCAGCUGGUUACCAAUGAAGAAACAUCUGGAUUUGACGAACUGAGUGAGAAGAUUAGCUUGGUGGUCUUUGUUUUUGAGUUGGAAGAGCCAGAAUUGAGUAAGGACUCAAUUUUGUCCGCUAUGGCCGAAGGCACCCAUAAAACAGCCAUUGCGAUAAAAUCUCUGCUCUAUUUCAAAAAAGCGAAAUUUUUUUUCCAGAAGGGCAUCGUUAACGGUGAAAAGGGCAACCUUCAAGAGGCAAAGUAUUGUUUCGAGGAGAUUCGGCGCCCUAUCGAAGAGUUCCGACAAGCAUUCAAUGAAGCCAAAAAAAUGCCUUCUAUUUCGGCCACUGAUAAAGAAUAUCUUGUCGAUCUCGACGCGGAAGUCGACAUCUUAGAAAGUGAGACUCUAACUGAGAUUACUCAAGUCAUAGGACGAAUGUCGCUUGCCGCUGCAAACGAGAAGCAUGAAGAGGUCAUGAAAGACCGAGAGAUUUUAGACAUUGACUUGGCGUACUGCGUGUAUGAUUUGUACCACUAUGCUCUGUCACAAGUCCGAGACAAAGAUGUCGAGCUGGAGGCAGAGAUUUUGAGCAUAAUGGGCUCCUACCAAUUGAAAGUACUCAAAAUGCCAAACAGCAGAAUCAAAGCAAAAGGGUACUUCAAAAAAAGUAUCGAGCUAGCGCUAUCAUUGCAUCCCAAAAACAUGACCAAUAAAAAAUGGUACAAAGAAGCGGAAGAAAAAUUGCGUGAACUUCAAAAAGAUAUAUUGAAAAGCGAGCAUGACAAGUCAAGUGACGAAAAAAAGCUGUAUGAAAGGGAACUAAUGGAGGUUGCAGCUUUCCUCGGUAAUCGAAGAGUAUCUGCCAUUGAUCAGUUCAAAAAUGAGGUGUUGCUAAUCAUUAAAAAAUACCCACCAAAAGUUGCAGGAUUUGACGCUAAAAAAAUUGAAGCCAUAGAUGAGAAAGACAAUAAAAAAAUUAUCCUGAAGUCACAGCAGAUAUACCAUCCGGAUAAGCAGCCAAAAGAUGACAGACUGUGGUACUUCACCUGCGAACAAAUAUCAGUGUUUCUGAACGAAUUUCUGAAUCUCCUCAAACUGGGCUGA